AGGGAGUGUUUAUAAAGUCACACUUCUUUGCCAUCCUGGACACUUUGCCCGCAGAAGCAGAAAGGAAGACAACCUCCAUCCGAAUUCCCAGUGGAAGACUGCCAGGUGUGUGAAGCAGAAGGCGGAGAUGAAGGAGCAGGAGCAGCAGGGCUACUGGCAGGAGACGGGCCGAUGGGCGGGCUACGAGGAGAGCUUGGACCCGCAGGCUGGGGUCUGGGCAUCCUCCCAAAUCUCCUACCUCACCUUCAAGAGCCUCAUCCAGCUGCGGCGCACCAUGAACACCGUUGUGACCAUCUUCGACUGCGAGGAGAAAACUUUGGCUGCCAUCGCUGAGAAGAUGGUUGGCGAGAUGGUUAGCAAGAAAGAGAUUAGAUCUGGAGACCGCGAAGGUGUGCUGAACGCUCUCCUUCAAAACCGCAGUGAAUCCACUGACCCAGAGAGCCAAAGGCUGACCGAUGGGACGGACCUGCACAGGUUUUCAGUCAGGGAGAGAAAAGAUGAAUCCGAUCACGUUGAGGCCUGCAUGGUGCUCGUAGGAGCCUUGGACUUUCUGGAGAAAGCCACGAUUGUUUUUGUGCGGCUGAAGGAAGCGGUGGCCCUCGACUCGGCUCUGGAGGCCCCGGUUCCCGUUCGCUUCGUCUUUGUUCUGAUUGGCCCAAGCAAGGUUGACCUGGACUACCACGAGACUGGCCGAGCCAUGGCCGCUCUGAUGGCUGACAAAGUUUUUAACCAGGAGGCCUUUCAAGCAAAGACGACCAGGGAGCUAACGGAUGCCUUGGUGGAUUUUAUCGACUGCAGCAUUGUCAUCCCACCCACUGAAAUCAAGAAUGAAGGGAUGCUCAGCUCCAUCAUCAGCUUUCAGAAGAAACUCCUGAAGGACAGACUGCACUCUCAAGACCUGACGCUCCGGAGGGACUCCAAAGCUCGCAGAGUUUCUAUAGCGAGCGCGGCUUCUGUUGAAGAUCCGCUCUCACGCACCGGCCGGCCAUUCGGCGGGAUGAUUCGAGACAUAAAGAGACGCUACCAAUACUACAAGAGCGACCUUACAGAUGCCCUGAACGCCCAGGCUCUGGCCGCCAUUAUUUUCAUCUACUUUGCUGCUCUGUCUCCUGCCAUCACCUUCGGAGGCCUGCUGGCUGAUAAGGUGGAGAACAUGAUGGGUGUGCCGGAGCUCCUCAUCUCCACCAGCAUCCAGGGUAUCAUCUUCUGCUUUGUCGCAGCUCAGCCCAUCCUGGUUAUCGGUUUUUCCGGCCCUCUUUUGGUGUUCGAAGAGGCCUUCUUUGCUUUCUGUAAGUCCCAGGACAUCGAGUACAUCGUCGGGAGGGUGUGGGUCGGGGUGUGGCUCGUCAUCAUCGUGGUGAUCAUUGUCGCCUUUGAGGGCAGCUUUCUGGUGCGCUACAUCUCACGCUUCACCCAGGAAAUCUUCUCCAUUCUCAUCUCCAUCAUCUUCAUUUAUGAAACCUUUGCCAAGCUAGGAAGGAUCUUCAAGGCGCAUCCGCUGAUUAUGAAUUAUGAUCAUGUGAAUGCAACAUUGGAAAAUCCCUGGCACCCAAGGGUGGAGUGGAUCACCACGUACGACAACAAAACCGGAAACACAACGGUGAUUGAGAACACCGUGAAGCCGCCGUACCCGAACACGGCCCUGCUCUCCAUGUGCCUCAUGUUUGGCUGCUUCUUCAUCGCGUUUUUCCUGCGGCAGUUCAAGAACGGGACUUUCCUUCCUGGAAAUGUCAGGCGCUUGCUUGGCGACUUUGGAGUUCCCAUUGCAAUUUUCCUCAUGAUUGUUGUAGAUUAUAACAUUGAGGAUACCUACACUCAGAAACUGGUUGUUCCUAAAGGCCUGACGGUGUCCAAUCCGGCCAAAAGAGGCUGGCUUAUCAAUCCCUUUGGGGAGCACAAAUCUUUUCCCGUAUGGUUGAUGUUUGCAUCCUGCGUUCCUGCUCUGCUUAUCUUCAUUCUCAUCUUCUUGGAGUCUCAGAUCACUACUCUGAUCAUCAGUAAACCUGAGCGGAAGAUGGCCAAAGGCUCCGGGUUCCACUUUGACCUGCUGGUUUUGGUCGGCAUGGGAGGACUCAGCGCCAUAUUUGGUGUGCCUUGGCUGAGCGCUGCCACGGUCAGAACUGUAACCCACGCCAACGCUCUCACGGUCAUGAGCAAAGGAACGAAACCCAAGAUAGAGAGAGUAGUGGAGCAGCGAAUCAGUGGCAUUGUGGUAGCUCUGCUUGUUGGUCUGUCAAUUCUAAUGGAGCCGAUCCUAAAGUUGAUUCCCAUGUCAGCUCUGUUUGGGAUCUUCCUCUACAUGGGAGUGACGUCACUGAAUGGCAUCCAGCUGUGGGAUCGCAUGCUGCUUCUCCUCAUUCCAAAGAAAUACCAUCCAGAUGAGCCUUACGCCACCAGAGUAAGCACAGGACGAAUGCACCUGUACACGGCCAUCCAGGUAGUUUGCCUCGGCAUCCUGUGGCUCGUAAAGUCCAGCCCGAUAUCUCUUGCUCUUCCCUUCGUUCUCAUCCUCACCAUCCCUCUCAGAAUGAUCAUGACUGGACAUCUCUUCACCGAACUGGAAAUGAAAUGUCUGGAUGCUGAUGACGCCAAAGUGACGUUCGAGGAGGAGCCUGGACAGGAUGUGUACUGUGAAACUCAGAUGCCUUUAUAGACAUCUGAAAUAAUGGCUGCUGACACUUUUUUUUUAUCCUAAAAGAACUGUAUAGUUAUUUUAUUUUAGGCUCAAGUGAAUUUUUAAUUCCCUGAUGACCAAAGCAAGAUAUUUAAUAUUUAUUUACUGUAUCAUGAAAAAUGAAGAUGCAGAUUAUAUUUAUUGAGGGUGAUUACUGAUAGCUUUAGCAUUUUCUGGAAAGCCCCUUAGUUUAAAUAUGCUUAGAAAAUGUUUUGCUUAUGCAUUUAUAAAGCGAAACAUUUUAUGAUUUCUGUAUUUUUGCU